AUGAAUUCCAAGAACAAGUACUCGAUGUUAGAGUUUCUGGGUAUUCUGAUUCUUUUUGAACACUUAUUUUGCAUGGUUCAAGGUGGUGUCCAUUUCUAUGACUUUGUUCUUAGGGAGAAAAACUUUACAGGGCUGUGUAGUACAAAGAGCAUGCUAGUUGUGAACGACAGUUUCCCAGGGCCGGAAAUUAAGGUUCACAAAGGAGACACCGUCUAUGUUAAUGUCCACAAUCAAGGAUAUUAUGGAGUCACUAUUCACUGGCAUGGGGUAAAACAACCAAGAAAUCCAUGGUUUGAUGGUCCAGAAUAUAUCACACAAUGCCCCAUUCAACCUGGUACAAAUUUUACAUACGAAAUUAUAUUUUCUAAUGAAGAAGGAACUCUUUGGUGGCAUGCUCAUAGUGAUUGGACACGAGCCACAGUUCAUGGUGCCAUUGUCAUUUUGCCUGCUAUUGGAUCCACCUAUUCUUUUCCCCAAGCAGAUGGAGAAGAGACCAUUGUGCUGGCGGCCUGGUACAAGGGAAAUUUAAAGGAAGAGGUAGAUGAAGCCCUUGAAGCUGGUAGUGAUUUGCCACAUUCCGAUGCUUAUACCAUAAAUGGUGAACCGGGAGAUUUUUGUGCCUGCUCCAAGGAAACAACAUACCAUCGGACAGUGGAUUACAACAAGACCUAUCUUCUUCGUAUAAUCAAUGCUGUCAUGAAUGCAGAAUUGUUUUUUGCGGUAGCUCAACAUAAUCUCACAGUUGUUGGGAUGGAUGGACGUUAUGUUAAACCUUUAGCUACAAGUUACAUAAUGAUAAGCCCAGGACAAACAAUGGAUGUCUUAAUCACAACAAACCAGUCUCUUGGUCGCUAUUAUAUGGCUGCUAGACAAUACUCAAGCGAAGACGCCUCUGUUACAGCAUUUGAUCAUGUCAAUGCAACUGCAAUUCUCCAAUAUGAAAGCAACUAUAGUUUCCCAUCAUCUCCUUCCUUUCCAACUACACUUCCUUUUUACCUGGAUUAUAUCGCUGCCUUGAACUUCACUAAUCGCAUUAGGAGCUUAGCUAGCUAUGAAUACCCCGUAAACGUUCCCUUGAACAUAACUACCAAAAUGUAUGUAACAGUUUCCAUGAAUACAAUCUUCUGUCCAACGUGUUCUGGAGGAGUUGAUGAUGAGAUAUUAGGGACAAGCUUGAAUAACAUAAGUUGGGUCAACCCAAGUACAGAUGUGCUACAGGCUUACUACAGGAAUAUUAGUGGAAUUUACACCACAGAUUUUCCCGACCAACCACCUUCAUACUAUAACUUUACUGGUGAUGAAUUUCCAGAUAGCAUUGAAUUAACAGUCCAAGGGACUAAGGUGAAGGUGUUGAAUUACAAUGAAGCAGUCGAGAUAGUUUUCCAAGGGACUAACGUGUUAACAGGCUCGGUGAAUCAUCCGAUGCAUAUGCAUGGAUAUAGCUUCUAUGUGGUCGGUGCAGGUUUUGGGAAUUUCAAUAAUGAAAUUGACCCAAAACUUUAUAAUUUGGUUGAUCCUCCUGAAGUGACUACCUUUGGAGUUCCUAAGAAUGGAUGGGUUGCCAUCAGAUUUGUGGCAAAUAAUCCUGGUGUAUGGUUUUGGCACUGUCAUUUAGAUCGACACAUGAGUUGGGGCAUGGACACGGUCUUUAUUGUAAAGAAUGGUGACACUAUUGAGACAAGCAUCCGCAAACCCCCUGCUUAUAUGCCUUCCUGUAAAGUUCCGCUGAAAUCCUAUGUUUAUGGAUUGGAUGAAAAAUCCAACACAUAA